AUGCAAAAAUCACCGACAAUAGGUAUUGUCGGUGGUGGUAUAGCUGGCCUUGUAUCAGCUUAUUAUCUUUCACAAAAAGUAGCACGUUCUAAAAUUCCUCAUUUACGUAUUUUAUUAUUUGAAAGAUCAUCACGUUUUGGUGGUUGGAUACAAACUGAACAAUUAGAAAAAAAAUAUGAUUCACAUAUAUUUGAACAUGGUCCACGAACAUUACGUCUUCAUACUGGUUUUUCAUCAUUAGAUAAUCAUUCAACAAUAAAUACAUUAAAAUUACUUGAACAACUUAAUAUAUUUAAUGAACAAUUUUGUCCUAUUGAAAAAACAUCAGCAUCAUUUAAAAAUCGACUUAUUUAUUAUAAUAAAAAAUUAAUUAAUCUUAAUGAUUUAUCAUUAAUAUUUGGUGGAAAACCAUUACGUUAUCCACCAAUUUUUUAUAUACUUUAUGAAUAUUUUUCUGAAAAAGGUCGAUUUACUGUUCAAGAUGAAACUAUUAAAUCAUUUAUUUAUCGUCGUUUUGGUCAUAUUUUUGCUGAAGAUAUUGUUGAAUAUUUACUUGAUCCACUUAUAAAAGGUAUUUAUGCUGGUAGUGUAACAGAUUUAAGUGCACGAAGUGUAUUUAAAAAACUUUUUAAUCUUGAACAACGUUAUGGUUCAAUAACAGGUGGUUUAUUAAAAACACGAAAAGAUAAACAAAAUGAAAAUUCAAUACAUUUUCUUUUUGAUGAUUUAAAUUUAAAUGAUUAUUCAACAUUAUUAAAUAAAUAUUCAAUUUAUUAUUUACAUGAUGGUUUAGAAAUACUUAUAAAAAUAUUAAUUAAAUAUCUUCAAUCAUUAUCAAAUAUUGAAUUAAAAUUUAAUCAAACAAUAAAAAAAAUUCAAUUUUUUCAUAAUGAAAAAAAUUCUAUUGAAAUUUUAACACAAUCUAAUGAAAAAUAUCAUAUCGAUCAUUUAAUUAGUGCAAUACCAUCAUAUGAAUUAGCUAAUUAUUUUGAUAAUAAACAAUAUGAAAUUUUACAAAAACAAUUAAAUCAAAUACCAUUUGUUAAUAUGAUUGUUAUUAAUUUACUUUAUGAAAAAAAAGAUAUUUUUCCAUUAGAAGCAUUUGGUUAUUUAAUUCCAUCACGUGAACAAUCACAUUUACUUGGAGUUUUAUUUGAUUCAUGUAUACGUCAAAAAAGUGAUAAAAAUAAACAUGGAUCACAAUUAACUGUUAUGAUGGGUGGUGCAUGGUUUGAUCAAUUAAGAUUAGGACAAUGUACAGAUGAACAAUUAAUGCAUAUUGUUAUGAAUGAAUUAAAAAAACAAAUGGAUUUAAAUGAAAAACCAUUAUUUUAUUCUAUAUCAAGACUUAAUAAAGCAAUACCAAAUUAUAUUGUUGGUCAUGACGAUAAUCUUGAUGAUAUUUAUGCUCUUAUUCGACGUUAUAACUUACCACUAACACUUGUUGGAAAUUCCUAUCGUGGUAUUGGUGUUAAUGAUGUUAUUUUUGAUGCUCGACUUGAAAUUGAAUAUCUUAAUUUAGAGACUAUGAAAAGAAAACACCUAACUAUUGAUUGUCCAAAUUCACCAUUGAAAUGGUGUGAAACAAAAGAAAUUGCUCAAGCUUGUGAUGUAAUUGAACAAUGUGAAACAUUUGUUUGGACAACUCGUAUGGAAACUAAUCGUGUUAAUUUAUCAAUUUAUUAUGAAACACUUUGUCCUGAUAGUCGACAAUUUAUAACAACACAAGUUUGGAAUACUUAUCAAUCUAUACUUGAUAUUGUUAAUAUAACAUUUAUUCCAUAUGGAAAUGCACGAGAAUUAUAUCGACCAGAAACAAAACUUUAUCAAUUCUAUUGUCAACAUGGUGCUGAAGAAUGUUAUGAAAAUUUAAUUCAUACUUGUGUUUUGAAUUUCUAUCCAAAAAGUGAACAACAUAUGCCAUUUAUUUAUUGUAUGGAAUCAAUUGAAGGUAAUGUUGAAACUGUAGCAAUACAAUGUGCACAAAAAUCAACAAUUGAUUUUGAUCAAAUUACUGCAUGUACACAUAGUCGAUUAGGUAAUCAAUUACAACAUGCAUAUGCUAUUCAAACUGAAAAUCUUCAACCAUCACAUCAAUAUGUACCUUGGAUAACACUUAAUGGUGAACAUACAGAUGAUAUACAAAAACAAGCUGAAAAAGAUCUUAUUGGACUUAUAUGUAAUUCAUAUAAAGGAUCUGAUCCACCUGUUCAAUGCAAAAGAAACUUGUGA